UCAGCAGCUGUUGCUUCUGUUUGUUCCCAGCGAUCACUGUCAUCAGUGGGCAAGCUGGCGCAAACAGGCCUCCUCAGCCAGUGGAAAAACCUUUCACCCCACGCCUGCCACCCGCCGCGGGUCUGCUGAGGACCACAGGAAACCCGACUGAGCGCAGCACCCACCCCAGGCCCCUCUUCACGGGGAGCCUGAGAUUGGAAGAUUUUCCUUCCCGUCGGGGAGUGCAACCCACAUAAAUAGGACAGAAACAAAACUACCCACGAUGACUGUCACUUACUCCAGUAAAGUGGCAAAUGCGACCUUUUUUGGAUUUCACAGGUUACUCCUCAAGUGGCGAGGCAGCAUCUACAAACUCCUAUACAGGGAAUUUAUUGUGUUUGCUAUUCUUUACACGGCGAUAAGUUUGGUGUACAGAUUGUUACUUACAGGAGCCCAAAAACGUUACUUUGAAAAAUUAUCAAUUUACUGUGACAGAUAUGCUGAACAAAUUCCAGUAACCUUUGUGCUUGGGUUUUAUGUGACUUUGGUAGUGAACCGGUGGUGGAACCAGUUCGUGAAUCUGCCCUGGCCGGACAGGCUGAUGUUCCUCAUCUCCAGCAGCGUGCACGGCAGCGACGAGUACGGGCGCCUGCUCCGGAGGACGAUGAUGCGCUACGUCAACCUCACGUCGCUGCUCAUCUUCCGCUCCGUGAGCACCGCCGUGUACAAGCGCUUCCCGACGAUGGACCACGUCGUUGAAGCAGGGUUUCUGACCACAGAUGAAAGGAAAUUAUUCGACCACCUCAAAUCUCCUCAUCUGAAGUACUGGGUUCCAUUCAUCUGGUUUGGAAAUCUCGCCACUAAAGCCCGGAAUGAAGGUAGAAUCCGAGACAGUGUUGACCUGCAAUCGCUGAUGACUGAAAUGAACCGCUACCGUUCUUGGUGCAGCCUCUUAUUCGGUUACGACUGGGUGGGCAUUCCACUGGUCUACACCCAGGUUGUCACUCUGGCCGUCUACACCUUCUUCUUCGCAUGCCUGAUUGGACGCCAGUUUUUGGAUCCCACCCAAGGCUAUGCAGGGCACGACUUAGACCUCUACAUUCCAGUCUUUACACUCCUACAGUUCUUCUUCUAUGCAGGAUGGCUCAAGGUAGCCGAACAGCUGAUCAACCCUUUUGGAGAAGAUGAUGAUGAUUUUGAAACAAAUUGGUGCAUUGAUAGAAAUUUGCAGGUCUCUCUUUUAGCUGUGGAUGAAAUGCACAUGAACUUACCCAAGCUGAAGAAGGACAUUUACUGGGACGAUUCUGCUGCUCGUCCUCCGUACACCCUGGCAGCUGCUGACUACUGCAUACCUUCAUUUCUGGGGUCCACUGUCCAAAUGGGGCUGUCUGGGUCUGAGCUGCCCAGCGAGGAAUGGCUGUGGGACUACGAGAAGCAAGGCCAUCGGAAUUCGGUGAUCAGAAGAGUCAAGAGGUUCCUGAGCGCCCACGAACCCCCCUCCAGUCCCCGGAGGAGAAGCUUCUGGCGGCAGGCCAGCGACAGCUCCUCGUUCUUCCCCCCUGACCCCCUCGGGCCGGCUAUGGACCUGCUGGACGUGCCCCCGCACGGGAAGCAGCCCCGCGGCCCAGCAGGGAGUCCCAAACUGCACUCCAGCGUGGGCGAACUGUCCACCAUCCGAGAAGCCAGCCGCACGAGCACCAUCCAGAGCCUGAGCCCGCAGUCCAGUGUGAGGGCCUCCCCCACCAAAGCGCCCGAGGUCCCCGAGGUCCGGGUCACGGCGGCCGAGGCAGAUGGGCGCUGCCCAGAUGCCACCGCCUCUCUCGUGGACUUGGAGUUCACCGGGGUUCGGCCCAGCACUGCGGGGCGGCCAGAGCGCCCCGCGGGUUUGAUCCUGUCCCCCUCAGAUAAGAGUCUCCUUCUCAUGGGACCCAGUUCCCAGACUCUCGCCGGCAAAGCCGAGGGGCGAGCGUUCAAGUUCGGUUUCCAGGAGGACCCCGAUGGGAAUGACAAGUUCCUGAAAAGGUGGAGCCUCCCGGGGUUCCUGGAGUCCAGCCACACCUCCCUGGCCGGCCCCAACCCGGGCCCCGGGGGCGCUGAGCCCACCCUGCGCCUCGAGACUGACACGUCCUCGGAGAGCAGCGGCAUCAACUUCGCGGCGGGCCCGCGCGUCCCCCCUCGCCUGCUCUACCUAAUGGAAAGCCUGGACACCCCGGAAACCGACAUCACCGGGUGCGACAGCGAGCAAGCCGAGGCGUCCCCCACAGGCGUGCCAGGACGUUCGAGAACGUUGUCCUAG